UCACCAUGUCGUCCUGCCUCGGAUUCCGCAAGUCAAAGUCUGACGACACAGAGCCUUUGCUACCCCAGUACCGCGAUGACACGAUCCUUCAGCGCGAGCUGCACCAGAAGCUUCACUCAUAUCAGAUGAUCAGAGCCCUGGCCGAUGGAUACAUGCCCUCGAAUGAACAGCUGGUCAUCAACCUCAGAUCUUUGCUCUCUUCCGAUGUCUUGAACCCUAGCGACCCAAACCUCAGUGAUUCGGGAAGACGCCUAGCCAAGUUCACAAAACAGUGGCUCAAGGACUUUAUCGAACUGCUUGUGCACAAGAACAGCGAGGAUCAGAUCCAGGAUUUCAUCUGGUCCUUGACUCAGUCCAGAGUCAAAGUCGACGUCGAGGAUCUAGCUCAGAGAGCCUACAAGGCUCACCUUCAAACGGUUGGAUCCCUUCUUCUCACCAACUCUGAUUUCCGCAUCUUCCUCUCUGAUCUGAGCACUGUCGGCCGUGAGGUUUUCAAGGAUGCUGCUUUCUCGCUAUCAAACGUCGCAGAAGAGGCGGGCAAGAAGAUUGAGCCAUCGCAACAAGAACAAGCCAAGUUGACAGAGCCUGGCGCCGACUCUGGACCCCCACCCUCCGGCAAGGACCUUGGAAACGACGUCGCAGAUGUAGGCAAGGUUGUAGCAAACGGAGUCGCUCAGGUCGCUCAGGACACCGAGCAGAGUGCCGAGGAGAAGCUCUCUGGUGAUGAAGGUCAAGUCAUGUUGAAUCGCUUGAAGCAGGCAGUCAUGCAGCUCAGAAAGCGUCCUGACUACAACGAAUCUGUCUCUACCAUAUCGACCCUGCUCAAGCGCUACGCUAUUGCUUACUCCCGCUCGGUCGAGGAGACUGUCAACGCUCUUGAGGAGGACGUACACGAGAACGCCGCUAUGGACAAGGCUGGAAAGAACUUCUGGUCUCUAGUCUCCUCUUUCGGUGACCGUGAGGCCUGGAAGAAGCUCGAGGAGACAUUCAAGAAGGUCGUUUCGCACUCCGAAAAGGAUCCCGACUUUGAAAACCUCAUGGUCGAUAUCGGCAACUCGCUUCAGACUCUUCUUACUGAUCCCAACUUCUUCGACACUGCUCGCGAGAAGUUCGAUGAAUUGCGUGAGAAGUCCAAGAAGGUUGGCUCGGAAUCUGAUCUCCGUACCGAUAUCGACAACUUCCUUGGACAGCUUCAAGAAACUUUGGUCUCUGUGCUGCACGACGAAGACGUGGCUAAGCUCAUGCAGCACACUCUCAAGAUUUUCCGCAUUCUGUCGCCUCUCCACAACGCUGCUAACCCCGAGCUCAUCACUGAUGCCAUCAACACCUUCAUUCCUCUGAUGAUUGCUGCCAUUCAGUACGUUCCCAUCCCUCGUCUGGAGAUCAGCACUCCCGAUAUUGAUCUCUUGCUCGAGAACCUUAUCAUCGAGCCUGGUAAGACGGUCAAUCACACCUCAUUCUUGCCUUACAAGCUCCGCGUCGAGACCUACAACGACUUUGAGAUUCGCAAGGCCAGAUUCCGUACUACUUCUACAUCGUCUCACUUGGUGACCAUCAAGAUUGAUGGUAUCUCUGCCCGCGCAGAGGAAGUUGGCUUCUGGAUGCGCGCUCACUCUGGUCUUUUCAGAUUGGCUGACGAGGGAAUCACCUCAUUCGCUCUCGACGAGAAGGGCUUGGACAUUCACCUCGAUGUUGAGAUUGCAAAGGACAGAAUGGAGUCGAUGCUCAGCCUCAAGGCUGUUCGCGUCAACGUGCACAAGCUUGAUUACACCUUGCGCAAGAGCAAGUUCUCCUGGCUCGCUUGGCUCGUCAAGCCCAUCCUCAGACCCAUUGUUCGCAAGGUCAUGGAGAAGCAGAUUGCUACUGCUAUCGCAGACGCUUUGCACACAGCCAACCGCGAGCUACUGUACGCACGUGAGCGCCUGCGUGCUACUCGUGUUGCCGACCCCAACGACCUUAUCACCUUCUUCAAGGCAGUUGCUGCACGCCUGCAGCCCGAGGAGGACCCAGACCUCUACACUCGCGUUGGCAUUGCUCAGCCUGGCAAGGGCGUCUUCAAGGGUAAGUACGCACCUGGAAGUGUGGUCAAGCUUUGGAACGAAGAGGCUGCUCAAGCCGAGGAGAGAAUCGAGGACGGCUCAGAGAUCAGAGGCUGGAGAAACGAUGUUUUCAGCUUGUUGGCUGUU